AUCCAAUGCGGAAGAAGGGAUUUCAACAGUGACAACCGCAACACAGACCAAGGGAACAGCUAUCAUUCAGCGAUUACAUUUUCCGUUUUUAUCUGUAUUUCGCCUACUAUCAGCCCAGCAAUGGACGGAUCUGUCAGAGCAUCUUCAGACGCCGCAGACGGGCCGCCUCCUUGUUUUAGAGGAAAUGAAAGCUCCAUGGUUUCAGCCCUCAAGACACUGCUGUUCUUCACGAUCCUGAUGGUCACGCUGCCCAUUGGACUCUACUUCGCAUCAAAGGCGUACAUCUUUGAGGGUUCGAUGAAGAUGUCAAGCUCUGACAGCUACUUCUAUGCAGCCAUUGUCGCAGUGCUCGCUGUGCAUGUGGUUUUGGCUUUGUUUGUUUAUGUGGCCUGGAACGAAGGCACGCCUAAAGAGAAGGGCAAACACGAUUAAGGCACGUCCUUAUCAGCUCGUAAGACCGGAGGAGAUGGACAGACACGGGCAUGGAUCUGCAGCCCCCCAACCCACCAUGGGCUAAACACAGCUCCAUCUACCAACCAGACAGUUAGAGGAUGUGGUUUGCGCUUAGGCUUUAACCCAAGGUUAAAGCAAGAAACUACGUUAUUAUACCCUGGCGCGGGGGAGUGGAGGCUGUUGGGUGUGUUUUUUCACCAGCCUCAGCAGGCCCGCUUUUUGACUUUUUGUUUUCUGAAAACGUUACGUUUGCUGACAGAGGAUAGCCCCUAUUUUUAAAGAGGCUUUGUUAUAAGCUGCCAUUUGGCUUUGUCCCUUCACAGUAAAGAGUUUGUCUUGUAGGAAAACAUCUUGGGCUUUGGAUGCGCGCACACUCACACUUUACUUAUAAUGUGUAUGUAUGAAGCAUUUAAUUCCAAAAUGCGCUACAUCCAUUCUGUGGACAUUAAUCUCUACAUUCAUCCAGUUAGUGACUGAAUAUUUCAUUUAUCUUGUUCUUAUCUUCAUAAAUUUAAAGAUGACUUAUAACUUCAGUAUAAACUCUUAAUGUUCAGACUUUCAUGCUGCAUUUUGGAUUAAAAUCUUCAUAUUUAAUCAUCAUCUGUUUGUCCUCGUAAACAAAUGUUUGUCUUUCUGUUUUUAAGUGUUUGGAAUUAGAAAACUAUUGCAAAAUCAAAUUGUAUUUAAAGACAUUUUUGUAUUGAAGAUGUUUGGUGAUUUGAAUAUGUAUGUUAAGUGGACGUGAUGCUGAUGAGAAUGUUGACUUGCUCAAAUAAACUUGAAUAUUUUAAACUUU